AUGCCGUGCUGCUUCGCCAUCUUGACAUACGCCCAAUGCCGCCACCACAAUCUCUUCAAGAUCGGCUGCACCGCCGACUGCGAAGACUUCUGCCCCCUCGAGAAGCGCAAGGUCCUCGUCAAGACUCGAUAUUUGUGGUGCUGCGAACAAUGCCACACCCGCAUUAACGAUGAGAUCGACGAGGAGCGAGAGGACGACUGGUCGGUUCAGAUAAUGCGUGCUUGCCAACAGCCGGGACCCCGUGCCUUGAUCGAGACGAGGAUCGAUUCCAUGCGCCGCAGAGAGCUGGUUAAGCAACGUCGCCGCGACAGGGCCUUGAUGUCCCAGAUCGAGGAGAUUCAGUGGGUGGGCGAGUGGACGCUCGAGUACGGCCUCGUGGUUUUUAAGUCGGUUCACGGGAGUGCUUGGGUUAAACACAAGCUCGAAGACAGGGUUGAGCAGUUGAGGUCUCUGAGGUUCUGGGACUUUAUCGUCACGCACGACGCUUUGCGGGAGUCCAAGAAACUGCUUAAGGAGCAGUCCCAUUCGGCCUUCUGGACAGUUUAUCGCAGCAUCAUGCUGGAGCAUAUGAAGAAUGGAGGCUUGCGCCGUCCAACCCGCCGCCUCCCGCCACCACCGUUGUUUGACAAUGCCGAUGAAGCCACGACGCCGGCCGAUGAGUGGAAGGAUAUCUUGGAGAUAGGCACGGAGGAAGAGUUGGAGGUGAUGGCGGAGAUGGACGAGGCGAAACUGAACAAGAUGAUACCACGGUCGAUGGUACACAAGAGCCUACAGACGGACUUGGUCACCACUCCCAACGAAGAUGUGGCAGGAGGAAAGGGGGAGAUCGUGGAACGGCAGCGGAAUACUAUCGAUGACAUUCAGUGA